UUUUCAAAUAUAUUUUUUAGGGUUACCACACAGAAAUAUUGUAUACUGAUCUGCAACUCUCCUCCAUACCAUCUCCCAGCUUUGGAAAACCCUCCCUAUUCUGGUCUGAUGGUAGACCAACUUGCAUCAGUAAUGUCAGAGCGGCAAAUUAAUUUAAGCAUUCUGUCACCAAGAAAAAUCCCUGCACUGUUUAAGAUAUAUGAAAAGGCAGGUGGGGAUCUGCAACUUGCUGUGAACAAGAAUUAUGCUAAAGAUCGACGACACCUGGUUUUGCUCAAAGGUUACCAGUUACAAGAACAUCCUCUCAGUCCAACUUCAUUGGAAUCUAAACAGAAUGCAGAGAGUCCAGCAUCUGUGCCAGCUCCAAGAAGUCCCCAAACUGCAGGACAGAAACGACCUGCAACAAGCUCUCCACCAAACCCUCGUGAAAGCACUGGAUUCAAACAACCUGCUUUAGCUGGUAGUGUGACCAGCAGUAUGUCAGCAACCCCUGCUUCAACCACAGGGAAUGUAUUCCCAACUCCAGCUGGUUCUUUUGUGGACCAACAAAAUAAUCAGAUCCCUCAGCGACCAGGAGUUCCCCCUUCCUCAACCUCUAGUCUGGGAUCUAUGAAUCAGCCAAAUCCUCCAAAUGUAACCAUCACCACAAAGGCACCACAGUUAAGUCAGAUAGGUGGCAACUUACAACCAGAAGCGGGUUCACGACCAACAAGGGGGCAGUCUCCUGUGUCUGUUGUUGGAACAAGAAUGCAAUGGUCUCACUCCAUCGUUUCAUCGUCUGCUUCAGCCUCUCCAGCUACAACUUCAGUAUUAGCCAGUCAAUUGGCUAUGGCACCUGGUUCAUCAGCCAUCAGACAUGUUGCACCAUCUUCACAGAAUACUAAUUUAGCUAAUCUUGUUUCUCAUACUCAAGACAGUGUUGCUGCUGGUCUGACAGUGUCUCAAACAGAUAGAAAAGGGGUUAUGACUCAACCAGCAGGAGCUGGACUUCGUGGCCAAAUGCAAACUGUUGGAAUGAGGAUGGUAACACCUCAACAGCAGCAAGGAGCUAAUAGUGGUCAAAAUACAGUGAACAUCCAGCUAGGUCAGGUAUCAUCUGUUGGUCAGCAGCAGCACACAGCAAGUGUCACCCCAAUUCAGCAAAAUACUGGAAUUCCAGUCCCUAUGCCAAAUCAAAUGGCCAGCUCCAGCAGCACAGCCCCUAUUCUGAUUUCCCAAGUUCCCAUUAUGGCCACAGCACCUUCAGGAAAUAUCCCUAAUUUAGGAAUUGGUGGAGCCACUACUACUCAACAACAGCAACCUCAAGGAGGAGCUCCAUCACAGACUGCUUCUGCUACAAUGAAGGAGAAGAAAAUUAUUUGGCAGGGGAUUUUUGAGUAUUCAGAAAAACAGGUGCCAAACAACCUUGGAACUAACACAGCAGCUCGCAUCAUGCACCCAUUACAUUGUUCCAUAGCUAGCUUUGUGGUAAAUGGGGAAACAGAAUUCUCUGGAGAAAAAUGGCCAGGAAAGCUUCUCCUACAUCUUAUUCCUAAGAAUUAUAUUCUUAGUUUGUUUCAAAUUUUAAGGAAUGCAUCUCGUGUUUUGACACUUCAUUUUCCUCAGGAUUCAGAAGUAUGUCAAAAACUGAUGAGGACUAUGCACAAUGGUAACUUGGUAGGUUGUGUGCAAUUUCCAACUACAUGUGAUAUUAGGAUGAUGAUUGUCUUAUUUAUGGGAGAAAAGGGCUUCAUGGGUUUUGUCCCAAAUGACCAGGAUGGAUUUGUUGCCUCUAUGAGGCAGAUGGUGGAAAACUCUCGAAAAACAGGGAAGCAGCCUAAAAUGAUGGCGCAGCAACAGACGCCAACCCAAGCUCUUUCUCAGAACACAUUCAACACAGUCUACCAGCUACCACAAAUGUCUGGUGGGACAAUGAGUGCACCAAGAAAUGUGGGCCUAGCAACCUCAACAAAUACUACUACUCAGAAUAUUAUGAUGACACAGACUAAUACUUUAACCAUGGGUGGUGGAACAACCCAGCUAGGACCCCGCCCAACUUUGACUGUCCCUCCACAACCAGUUGCUCAACAACAACAACAGCAGCAGCAGCAACAACAACAACAACAGCAGCAGCAGCAGCAACAACAACAACAGAAUCAGCUACAACCCCAACAGAGUACAGAUCAGGCUGCUGCACUCACUGCUCAACAGCAAUUCUCAGCCUUGGAAGCCAAGCGUCAACAGAAUCUUAUGAUAAUCCAACAACUGAGACAAAACCUGGAAGCUGCUCAGCAAAAAGAGCGUCAGUAUAAAGCUGCUCAGGAGCAACAAGAACAACAUCAACGUCAGUCAGCUUUGCGACAAGUUGGAGUACAGCAAGCUCAGCAGACUGCUCUUAGACAGCAACUUCAUCAACAUCUUCAACAACAGCAGCAAUUCCAAAGGUUACAACAACAGAUAUCCCAAACAGGAACUAAUCCCCAGUUGCGACAUUUGUUACAACAGGUAUUUUUUGUUUUUGUAAUUAUAGAACUUUUACUGAAGUGUUUACCUGAAGUGAUGAAGGCUAUUUUCUUAUAUUUCUAUAGUACAAAUGUAGUGAAUCUUUACUCUUAAAUGCUAGUCAGAAAA